ACGUAUUUAGUCGGUGACCUGCUACGCGGCUGUUGAAAUAUAGCCGUAAUCAUAUCAGGAUCUAUGUACUGUACUACUGCAGUAGUACUACUGCUUCCUCUACUACGCAGUAUUUCCAUGUACUGCGCUGUCUUUGUCCUCAGUGGCUGUGUUUACACUUUAUCGUUGGAGUCAGCCUGAGCGGCCAGAUUUCCUCCCCCACCCUGCUCGCUAUGCCACCCAAGAGAGACGCAGGAGCAACUUCAGCACAACCCCCAGUGAAGAUGGUGAAGAUCGGCAACGUUGCAGAUGCGCCGGAUUUUGGCUGCGAUCCAAUGGAGGAGAAGUACAGGCUGGCCGACGAGAGCGGAUACUCACCUUUCCCCAACAACGAGCCCGAGACCAUCGACUUUGAUGAGGAAAACAUUGCCAGUCCAGGCAUCAGGACAGACACCAUCAGCCUCCUCAUGAAGAUAGAGCAACUGCAGGCACAACUGAAGUAUGAGCGCAGGUGUAGAAUUUUGGCAGAGAGAGAGCUGAGGGAACUCAAAGAGAUGAACACCCUCAUGAUGCAGAUGAGGCACACCGCCCAUGAACUCCGAGUCACUCUGGAUCACGUCCUCCAAGGAGGCGAGGCAGCAGUCGCGCCAGAAAACUCUGAUGAAACCAUCUCCUUCCUGACCGAGCCUGAGGCCGAGAUGAGAGCGGUUCACAACAUACCAGAGGAUGAUCACAGCUUCCUUUAUAUCUCUGAGAAUCUUCGAGUGCCAAAAAGUCUUUAUGAGCGCAUUGCCGAAAUCGCAGACUACAAAAAGUACACUUCAGCACUGCUGAUGAUGCUGUUUGACAGAGAAACUCUGGCCACGCACUCCCUGCAGGGCCGGAGGAACACCUUCACAGGAGAGGACAGCCACAAGCCUCAGCUCCCUCCUGAGAUUUUGAAAAGUAUAAUUGAUCACGUCGCAGUCAAGUUCGGUGUCGACUGCAGCCAGAUUAAAACCGCAAUCCGCACAAAGUUAAAUAACGAGGACAAAUUAUUGAAGAAGAGACUGGGGUUGGUUAAAACCGAAAACAAAGCGAUUAUCGACCAGGGCUUUUGCCAAGAUGCUUCGCUUCUGCCCGAAAACGGAGCGAUGACAAACGACCUGCCUGAAAACGGAGUCCUGACGAAUGACUCCCAGUUAUAGCCUUCACAGUCUGCCUUCAUCUGUCGGCCACCGGUACUUCACGUCUGAUAGAAAUGUGUGACGAGUUGCCUUUUUAAAAACCCACAUCUAGUUUAUUCACCAUUGAAAUCUAGUGCUCUAAGUGUUUAACACUAUUUUAGAAUUCUAUUUUUUUUACUUUCACUGUUGUCUGUCGUAGGUUGGAAACGUGUAACCUGGUUCAGUAGCUCUAUAAAAUGUACUUUUCAGUGGUUAAAAACAAAAAAAAAGUGUUUAUUAUUUAAGUUUCGUUAUCGUGUUUGAGACAAUCUGUGGUUGUAUCUUGACAGGUGUGUGAAAAUGUCCAGCAUUUCUACUUUCAGUCAGCUGACCUUUGUAUGUGUACGUAGGACAUUUGAAAACGUGAUGGUAUCAUAGGUUUGUACUCUGCUGUUACUGACAAACUGUGCUUUCCACCAGACUGUGUUUCUAGAUUUGCCGUUUUAAAACAUGCUGUAACUCUUCCUUCCUCCACGACAUCCGUUUAUCUUGUCUUUGUUGUGCUUCACCAUGUAAGGGCCAAUAAACAUUUGGAGCUGAUA